CAAGCUCUCAAAAUUUCCUCAAGAAUGUCAUCCCUACUCUUUCUUUCUUUUCCAUGUUCUCUCCCCCGAUUCAAACCAUAAUUUUCCAUCACCUUCUGGGAUUGGGUUCUUGGAGGUUCAAAACUGGAGGUGAUAUAUUGUCGUUUUCCCUUAGCAAACUGGGAUUCAAUGUUGGUAUCUACAUAAUUGAUCCUACAAAAUGUUUGAUUGUGGAUACAAAUCUCAGUAUAUUGGUGGCCAGAGAGAGAAGUUUGUAAGGUUGGACGAUUUGGACUCUACAUCAUCAAUGACAUCCUACACAGGUGGGAAAAAUAGAUGCAGAUUUAGUUUAGAAGGUUUGCCUUUUCCUGGACAUGGAAAGAAGAAUACAUCAAAAUCCUUUAGGAUGGGGAUGAAAAAGGGAUCAGAUGGAUUGUUAACAUUUGGUCGCUCAAUUAGGUCCAAUGUCACUCGUGCUAUGUUCCCAGAGGAUCUUAACGUGUCAGAUAAAAAGAUAUUUGACCCUCAGGAUAGAUCUCUCUUACUAUGGAAUAGGCUGUUUGUCAUAAUAUGUAUCCUUUCAGUGUCUGUGGAUCCAUUGUUUUUCUAUCUCCCAAUACUUGAUGAGAAAUCCAUGUGCAUUGGAAUGGAUAUAAAGUUGGCAGUCACGACAACAACUCUUCGAACUGUUAUUGAUGCUUUCUACCUUAUCCGUAUGGGUCUUCAAUUCCGGACAGCAUAUAUUGCACCAUCAUCACGAGUUUUUGGGCGGGGUGAACUUGUUAUAGAUCCCGCACAGAUAGCUGCAAGAUAUUUACAUCGUUACUUUAUUGUUGAUUUUCUGUCUGUUCUCCCUGUGCCACAGUUUGUUGUGUGGCGCUUUCUUCAGAAAUCAACAGGUUCAGAGGUACUGGCUAUAAAGCAGGCCCUGCUGUUCAUCGUGUUUAUUCAAUACAUUCCAAGGUUUGUUCGCUUCAUACCAUUAACUUCAGAGCUGAAAAAGGCUGCAGGUGUUUUUGCUGAUGGUGCUUGGGCUGGUGCAGCUUACUAUCUGCUUUGGUACUUGCUUGCUAGUCAUGUAGCUGGAGCCUUUUGGUACUUGUUGGCUGUGGAGCGUAAUGACACAUGUUGGCACAAAGCUUGUGUCGAAAGUGGGAAGUGUGACGUGCAUUUCUUGUACUGUGGCAAUAAGCAUCUUCAGGGUUAUCCAGACUGGCAAAGCAUUAGUGGAGACGUUAUUGGUAGUAAUUGUUCUGUAAAAGAUGAUGAUCCACCAUUUGAUUAUGGAAUCUACACACAAGCCGUAGCAUCUGGCAUCUUUUCGUCAGAAUAUUUUUUCUCUAAAUUCUGUUUCUGUCUGUGGUGGGGCUUGCAAAAUCUAAGCACCCUUGGUCAGGGGCUCCAAACCAGUACCUAUCCUGGAGAAGUUCUCUUUUCCAUAUCAAUAGCUAUUUUUGGGCUUCUUCUCUUUGCACUUUUGAUAGGAAACAUGCAGACCUAUCUCCAGUCUCUUACAGUUCGUCUUGAGGAAAUGAGGAUCAAACGACGUGACUCUGAGCAGUGGAUGCACCACCGAUCCCUUCCACCGGAACUAAGGGAACGGGUUAGGAAAUAUGACCAGUACAAAUGGUUGGAGACCCGAGGUGUGGAUGAAGAGAGCUUGGUCCAGAGUUUACCAAAAGAUCUAAGGAGGGAUAUUAAACGCCAUCUCUGUUUGAAUUUGGUGCGAAGGGUACCUUUGUUUGCAAAUAUGGAUGAGCGGUUGCUGGAUGCAAUAUGCGAGCGACUCAAACCAAGUCUAUACACUGAGAAAACUUACUUAGUCCGGGAAGGUGACCCAGUGAAUGAGAUGCUUUUCAUUAUACGUGGCCGCCUGGAGAGUGUGUCCACAGACGGUGGGAGGAGUGGGUUUUUUGACAAAGUGACUCUGAAAGAAGGUGACUUUUGUGGGGAGGAGCUGUUGACUUGGGCACUUGAUCCCAAAGCUGGUUCUAACUUACCAUCUUCCACUAGAACAGUGAAGGCUUUACAAGAGGUAGAGACUUUUGCCUUGGAAGCUGAAGAGUUGAAGUUUGUUGCCAGUCAAUUCAGGCGACUUCAUAGUAGACAGGUUCAGCACACAUUCCGUUUCUACUCACAGCAAUGGAGGACUUGGGCUGCAUGCUUUAUUCAAGCAGCAUGGCGCCGGUACUCGAGGAGGAAAAAUGCAGAGCUACGUCGCAAAGAGGAAGAGGAAGAACUGGACUUCUAUGAAGAAUCUGAAGGUGACGAUGAAGAUUAUGAUGAUGGAAGGGCCUUAGUCGGACCAAUCAACAGAAGUGCAAGCACUUCAUCCAGUUUUGGUGCAACCAUAUUUGUUUCAAGGUUUGCAGCUAAUCUUCGUGGGCAUAAGCUACGUGGGGGCAGUUCCAAGGGCUUGAAGAAGCUGCAGAAGCCACCAGAGCCUGACUUCAAUAUUGAUACUGAUGAUUAACUAAACUAGAGCUCUUGAAUGCAUUCAUGACAAUAAUUGCAUUCCAAAAUU